CAGAAGCAGAACCAAACUGGAAACUGAAACCUCCAUCACACUUGUGCCAGCCCAGCAGAGACAUCUUAUCUGCAAACUCAUACUGCAAUCAAUCAAUCAAUUAAAAUCCCAAACACACCAAGUUGAGUUUGGUGCCAAGUUCUAAUCACUCCAUUAAUCUCAACUUAAUCCCCACACCUUCAUUACUCUCUCUCUCGUGUAUUUAUCAUUUUUUGUACCUUGAAUUUCACAACUUUCACCUUUCCACUCUUUUUCUCUUAUCCCAAAUUCUCGAUCCAAGGGAAAAAAAAAAAAAAAAAAAAAAUGCCAGGCCUUGUCUCCGUUAAAACUCCACCCGAAACUCCACCGCUCCGAAUCUCCGUCCCCGGAACUCCGACCCAAGCCCAGGCCCAAACUCCGACCCAACAAAGAUUCGAACCCGUAAACUCUGUUUCGAACUCCAAACCCGCCUCUCCGCUUCCGAGACGACCGCCUUCGCCGUCUCCGUCGCGAUCCAAAUUCUCGCCGAGAAAACCGCCGCCCGAUAACCCGAACUCCGAAGCGGCUCUCGACAACCCGGAUCUCGGCCCGUUCCUCCUCAAGCUCGCUCGCGACACUAUCGCCUCCGGCGAGGGACCGAACAAGGCUCUUGACUAUGCGCUCCGAGCUUCGAAGUCUUUCGAGCGGUGCUCCGGUGGAGCUGACGGCGAGCCGAGUCUGGACUUGGCGAUGAGCCUUCACGUUUUGGCGGCGAUCUACUCGAGUUUAGGGCGGUUCGAGGAGGCGAUUCCGGUUCUGGAGCGGGCCAUUCGGGUUCCGGAUCCUCCUAGAGGCGCCGAUCACGCGCUCGCGGCGUUUUCCGGUCACAUGCAACUCGGCGACACGUUUUCGAUGCUUGGACAGGUGGAUCGCUCAAUUGCUUGCUAUGAAGAAGGGCUUAAGAUCCAGAUCGAAGCCUUGGGCGACACCGAUCCACGCGUCGGUGAAACUUGCAGGUACUUAGCUGAGGCCCAUGUUCAAGCAAUGCAGUUUGAUAGAGCAGAAGAGUUGUGCAAGAAAACUCUUGAAAUUCAUCGUGCACACAGUGAGCCAGCAUCUCUUGAGGAAGCAUCUGACCGCCGGCUGAUGGCUCUCAUAUGUGAGGCAAAGGGAGAUUAUGAAUCAGCCCUUGAGCAUCUUGUCCUCGCCAGCAUGGCAAUGAUUGCAAAUGCACAAGACACUGAGGUUGCAGCUAUUGAUGUCAGCAUCGGCAAUAUUUACAUGUCUCUCUGUCGUUAUGACGAGGCUCUCUUUUCCUACCAGAAGGCACUUACUGUCUUCAAAUCCUCAAAGGGUGACAACCACCCUUCGGUUGCCUCUGUCUUUGUACGCCUUGCUGACCUCUAUCACAGAACCGGAAAGCUCCGUGACUCCAAGUCCUAUUGUGAAAAUGCCCUGAGGAUAUAUGCGAAGCCCGUGCCUGGCACCACAGUUGAAGAGAUUGCUGGUGGGUUGACUGAAAUAUCAGCCAUUUAUGAAUCUGUGGAUGAGCCUGAGGAGGCACUGAAGCUUUUGCAGAAGGCAAUAAAAAUGUUGGAGGAUAAACCAGGACAGCAAAGCACGAUUGCAGGAAUUGAAGCACGAAUGGGAGUGAUGUUUUAUGUGGUUGGGAGGUAUGAUGAAGCAAGGAUCUCUUUUGAGAGUGCCAUAACAAAACUUAGAGCAAGCGGGGAGAGGAAGUCUGCCUUCUUUGGUGUUGUGUUGAACCAAAUGGGAUUGGCUUGUGUACAGUUGUUCAAGAUAGACGAGGCAGCUGAAUUGUUUGAAGAAGCAAGGGGCAUUCUGGAACAGGAGUGUGGCCCAUGCCAUCAAGAUACCCUUGGAUUAUAUAGCAAUCUUGCUGCUACCUAUGAUGCCAUGGGGAGAGUUGAUGAUGCAAUUGAAAUCUUAGAGUAUGUUCUUAAAUUAAGAGAAGAAAAGCUUGGAAUUGCAAAUCCGGACUUUGAAGAUGAGAAGAGAAGGCUAGCCGAGCUCCUGAAAGAAGCAGGCAGGACCCGAGACAGAAAAGCAAAAUCACUGGAAAAUCUCAUUGAUCCCAGCUCAAAGAAGAAGAAAGAGGUGACAAAGAGGUGGCCUGGAUUGGGUUUUAGAAUUUGAAAAAAAAAAAAAGAUUGUGCUUCAAUGUCAUGCAACUCUCUUACACGUACACAUUCUGUAGCAUAGAAAACCAUGUAUAGGAUUGAAGUUAUAAUUUGGCGAGGUUUUGUGUUUCUUGAGCUUUAAAAUCCCCGAUUAUUUUGAUAUGUUAAUUGCUUUUCGUUGAAUGUCGGUGUUGUGAGCUUGUUCACUAAAAGGAAAUGCCCAUUUGAGUGAAUAAAUUUUAUAUCCAUGUUUGUUCCUCGUCA